AUGGCCCAAGCUGCCGCCGACAUGUGGGUCUCAGGCAAUGCCUCGACGCGCUUUGACUCUAUUAAUAUCGCCGCCGCCCUAAGCAUAUACGAAACGGCUAUUGUGGUACCAUGCUCGCUCAAUAACGUGGCGUCUUGCGAACAUAAUGCGAGCGGAAUCGAUUGGAACAAGCGGGAAGAAGCAGGAACAGAUCACAGUGGUUUGCGCCCUACUCACACUCCACCCCGUCGCGCGUCGCGGUACCGGUGCAAUUUCCUCAGGCCACAACAUCAGGACAUCCUCUCGAUUGCACAGAUGCCUCUGCACGACGAUGAUAGUUGGCAAGAUACUCUUUCGAGAACCGGCGACACGCAAAGCCCCGAUCCUUUUCCUCAACUGUCGUCGCCCGAACGAUUAGCUUGGCCACUCACGCCUCCACCUGGUUAUGCUGAGAGUGAGGCAGGUAGUAUUGCGCCGAGCACGCAAUGGCCGCAAAGGAUGUACAUGACCUAUCCGAACGAUAUCGAGGAAUCGGGCCACCCGGCUCCCACCCUAGAGCCAUACCCUACAUCCAGAGCUUUUUUACCUACUAGCCGUCGGCUACCAACUCCUUACCCUGGACAUGCGACCCUCCCCCGUCUGAAUGAGCACUCCGGACAGAGCACACCUCGAAUUUCCCCGAAUCAAUCCAGCAGCCGGCCGAUAGCCGGAGAAGGAACCCUGCCCUCGAAUCAGUGGCCUUUUCCUGGGCGACCAGUCCACCAGCCAUCGCGGCAGGAACAGACGUCGCCUUGGGGUCGGUCGCCGGUCAAUAUCGAGCCUCGCCCACCCCUCGCCCAGAAUCCAUACAAUUACGGAUACAACAAUGCUCGUCUCACAUCCAAUGCCACAUUCGCUUCGAACCCAUCAACUUCUCACCCUACGUUUGAUCACACCUUCCAUCGGGGGCAGCCUGCACCCAGGGUCACCUUCCCCGAACCAAGCACAGUUCCAUAUGCCUAUAACUACCGACCUCAGAACUCGCCGAUGGUCGGAAGAGGACAGAAUGUCUGGACAUAUCAGACCCAGCCAGGCCCACCGAGUUGGGGCGCGCAAGGCCCCACAUCUUAUUGGACGCAAUCAGUGCUCCCGCCCUCGGCCCAGCCGAGUCGGGGCACGCAAGACCCUACAUGUCAUUCGACACCCCCGCCUUCGACCGAGCAGAGUGUAUGCUAUCCGGCGCCAUCAGACCACCAGCAAUCGGUACGCCAGCCGAGCGCACCGGGGCCAUACAAUCCAGUAUCCGGCAAUCUUCCCCUUACUCGCGAUUUGGAGAUGCCGUCGGGGUAUCCUGCGCAGAUGCAGAACGCGUCCGAUAAAAUUCGGAUUUCGCUGCUGGCGAAUGAUAUGGAAAAUGAUUCCGGCGUUAGCAUUCGCCUCUUAAUGAGUGACAGCGCGCAGUUGUACGAUGGGGACAGAAGGCUUUUAGCGUCUUGGGUCGAUGAUAACGGAUUCAUUUAUCUGAGUUUUGAGGUGAGCAGCGGGCUGUGUCAAGCAAAUGAUGCGAUAAUUGAUUUUGGAAACAAUGCGCCCCCGUUGCACAAGUGGCAAGGGUUAGGCAUGCAGAGUGGCGAGAUUCAUGUUGGCGACGCAACUGUCAAUGAACUCGCGGCCAAAGUGGCGAAAUUUGUGCAUGAUAGAUUUUUAGAACCCCACAAAGAAGACACGAAAUGGUGGAUCUGCCGGCGCGGAAAAGCAGGAGUUAAUGUGGAAGGGCUUGCAAUUUCUUACCUCCAGUACCUAGGAGGGAAUGAAUGGCAACCUGUGAUAACCCACGAAGAUUGCUCCUGA